AUGGCUCAGGUCGCUGCUGCUCACAACACAGAUCACCGCCGACACAGGCACGGUGAACUCACGCAACCUCAAAUGAACGGCUACAGCUCUCUCAGUGUCACAUCUCUGCAAAGCCAGAAGCAAAGAGUAUUAGACUUCGACGAAGGAGGCGCCGACAUUCCAGACAUCCCCCUGAAGCGUCCAGUCAAUAAGAUGCCCCAAGACCGCCCCUUGAACCCGUCGAGGUUCAAAGAGGCUUGGGAGGAUGAUGAGGAAAGGAAUUGGACCACACAUCACGGACAUGGGCCCAUCAACCCCAAUGCCAUAACCAACAGGCAAGAUAGAAGAAAUUCCCCCGAGGGAAAGAAGCAGGGUGAAAUCUCCGGAGCCCCUCCACAAGCAGCAGCGGCAAAUGUCUUCGAGUCCACCAAGGAGCCCAAGAACGCGGUCCUCAAGGGCGCCGGUGAUGACGAAAUUCUUGAACCCUUGGCAGAGGAGGAAGUCGAGCCCGGCUCGUUUGAUCUUGUAAUACCAUCUCACGGCGAUAAUGGACAAUACUCGCUGGAGACCCGCUCCGAGCUCCUGUUCUCGAGGGACCAUUUGCAGGCCAUUUUUGAUGAUUACAUACUCCUCCAGAGGUUCACAGACUUCCUUCACUAUGCUCGACCCAACUCGUUACCCCUGUUCACGUACUACUUGGACUGCUUGAAAGCACUUCGAGCCAUUGCGUACGCAAACGCCAUCGCAGGCGGCCUGGACUCUCUACCGGAACACGAUUUCUCAAUGGAAAAUACCGAGAGCACGAUCAACAGCUCUCUGCAAAAGAAGGCAGAAGCUGCCUUCGACGUGCUUGUUCAACAAGAUCUUCCCGCCUACAUCACUCACAUAUGGAUCCAGACCGUCAGCGUAUCUAUCAAGAGACGUGUCACUGGCACCCUCCCGGUUCAGCUAAGGGAAAUGUCAGAGGGUUUGGCAGAAGUGUUCUGCCUGACAGAUCCCUCGAGACACGACAACCCCAUUGUCUUUGCUUCUGAAGAAUUUCACCGUACGACCCAAUACGGCAUGAACUAUGUCAUUGGCCGCAAUUGCCGCUUCCUCCAAGGUCCAAAGACCAAUCCCUUCAGUGUCAAACGUAUCCGUGACAAGAUUCUGGCCGGAAAGGAGCACUACGAAACCUUCCUCAACUAUCGCAGAGAUGGCUCCCCGUUCAUGAACUUACUCAUGGUAGCGCCGCUCUACGACAGUCGCGGUACAGUCCGCUACUUCAUCGGCGCCCAAGUCGACGUCUCAGGCCUUGCCAAAGAAAGCUCAGGUUUGGAUGCACUACAGAACCUAGUCGUCAAAAAAGAAGCAGUCGGCACCAUCAACGGCCAGACCCAGCAACGACACGAAAACAAGGAAGAGAAAGACGAGUUUGAGGAGCUCAGUGAGAUGUUGAACAUGACCGAACUCGAGACUGUACGUAGACGCGGCGGAAAUAUGCACCGCGUGCCGCAGGACGAAACCCAGGCAGCAUCGUCGACGAACUGGCAAAAGCCGCGCAUCCUGAUCCAGGACGAAUCGUCUUCCGUCCAUCAAUCCAACCUCGACGUGCUCCUGACGAGUGGCAAGCUCUCCGGCGUUUACGAACACUACCUCCUGGUCCGGCCCUAUCCCAGCCUCCGCAUUCUCUUCGCAUCCCCUUCUCUCCGGCUUCCGGGAAUCCUCCAGUCCAACUUCAUGGACCGGAUAGGCGGCUCCAACCGCGUCCGUGAAGGCCUCUCCCAGGCCUUCGCCGACGGUCAUGGCGUCACCGCCAAGGUCCGCUGGCUCUCCAAGUCCAGUAGCGAGGGUAGAGUCCGCUGGAUCCACUGCACGCCCCUGCUGGGCAGCAACUGCGCAGUGGGUGUCUGGAUGGUCGUUCUCGUCGACGACGAGUCAGAUGCCGGCAUGAAGCGAGGCAAGGAGGCGCCUCCUGUCGACGGUCGCCUCCGGAGGGCCCCCGGCGUCGCGCAACAACUCCAGCAACAGCAGCUGCAAGGGCAACACCGCCCCUCGGUCGACGACAAGAUGUCGCUCUCGAGCUUCGCCGCCAUGAAUCGCGCCCGCGACGAGGUCCAAGUCGACGCCCCCGUCGACUUUGAUGUUGACGUCUCCGAUCGCCCCGCGAGCCGUGCCAGUCGCGCGAGCAAGUCGAGUCGGCUGAGCCGGGGGCCCGUCAGUGCCCAACGUCGGCCUCUCAUCCCGGGUGGUUUCGACGAUCCCGACGGAGGACCCUCCCGCCCUGCAUACACUGUAAGGCUGGAGGAGGAUUAG